AAAUCUGGCUAAAUGGGAGACAAAGGGAAUAUUAAAGGCUGUAAAACUUAUGUUAUACUGCUGAUUAUCUACUCAUGACUUGGGUUCAUUACCCUCUUGGUUCAUCUCUGAUAUUCAGUCAAAUUCUUCAGAAUGUUUAGGUUUAAGCACAAGUUGACAAGUGUUUUUAUGAUUUUUCUUACUUUAUCUAUUAUAUGUGACUUCAUUUAUGGGGUAUCAGAAGUAUGACUCAGAUUUGUGGAUACAUGUAAUGGGAAUGGACAUUAUUGUACGAGCUAUUGGACUAGUUGGAUAAACUAUUUUAUGUACAUGAGCACUAUCAUAGUGCUUUCGUUCGUUUACAUUUCCCAAACAUUGAGGUUUAAAGAUAGAGGAAGAAGAACACAGAGGAUUUAUGAUAUUAUUCUAUGGACCACCAUGUUUGUUAUUUUAGUGAUAUGUACAGCAGUAUUUAUUGUUGACGGUGUGAAAGAAUGCAUAAAAACAGAUCCAGACGAGCAUAAACCAAUUACAAUUGGAAUAAAAAUUAUAAGCUGAAUUUAUAUGGUAACUGGCAUCUUCUUCAUGAUCACCUUGAUAUGGUUUUACAGAGCUCUUAAGAAAGUAGAGACAAAUACCAAUGGUGUAAAACUAUAUAAAUAAGCUAAAAUGAAGAUUGGCGGUUAGUAUCACAGUCAUAUUUGUAGUCUUUGCGACGAGAAGUGGCUUUACUCUGGUCAGGAGUUUUAAUGAUUUCACAGCAGGCUGGAAAGAAAAAUCGAUGGAAAAGGACAAAUUUGAUUAUGCUUUAUAUAUCUUCUGAUAUUAUUUCUUUUUGAGUCUGGUCCCAGCAAUAGUCCAGAUUUAUUUAAUAAAACUAAGUCUAUCUUCUAAUUCAAGAGUCACCAUUAAGCUUAAAGAGUAUAAUUUUGAGACAGAGUCUUGGCUUUCUAGUAAUCAUCAAGUGCUUCGAAGUUGAAUAAGUGGAUCAGGUCAAACAGAAAGUUUAAUUGAGCAUGAUAAUAAUACUUCUUUAGGUUAAAUUAUUUUCAAUAUUA